CUCAGAUGGGUAAUAAUCCUCCCUCUCCCUUGGAACAUGAUUAUAAUAACAAGUUUAAUUCCCAAACAAAUUCGACUAAAACUGCAAUGCAGCAAGCUAAAGAAUGAGGGUACAAGAAUAUUAUUGAAUUAAAAUUGGCUACUUGGAGCAGAGAAUCUCACGGACUCUUUGACUACGAGAAUAAAAAUACAAUGAAAAAGCUUAUAUACAUUAUAGGAACUAGCUCUAUUUUUCGUAAUAAGUUUAAUGAGAUUAAUUGCUACCCCGAUUGGGAUGACAAUAAUGGACUUCAUAAAAAUGAGUACCAAAGUUCACCUAUUUUCCACCUACUUUGCAGAAAUAACGUCUAUUGGCUUUAUAAUAAAUAAUACUGUUGAAGAUGAAUCUCCUGAUGAUGACCCUUCCCAAAAAUUGUGGCACAUUAUUAAGUAUUACAGGAAUGAUGAGACUCUAGAUGGAUUUGGUUAUAAACUCCAUAAAGGAGAUAUAAUAAAAUUAGGAAGAGUUCGGUUUAAAGUCCUUGAACUUCACAGAGGAAAAUAUCAUCCUAAAGGAACUGAGAAGCAAGAUAUAAAACCAAGUGAAUACAAUAAAUUAUACGCAAGUAUUGGGAGUAAGUACUCUAAAAUGCAGCAUGUGAAAGUCAACAAUUUUAUCAAACAAGCAAGCACUCUUCCAAAAAAUCUGAAAAGUAGUAAAGUAUCUUGAGUUAGUCCAAUUCUUCAAUUUGAAGGAGAAGACAUGGAUCAAGUUGAAGCUCUGAGUUUUCAUAAGAAUAAUCAGAGCAUUUCUUCCUCAAAGAAGUCACUAACAUGCAGGAUCUGUCUUCUAGAUCUCACAGAAGAUGAGGAGGAGGAAAACCCAGCAAUAUCCCCCUGAAAAUGAGAUGGAACUAUGAAGUAUAUUCACUUCGAGUGACUUAAAACUUGGCUUUCUGCAAAGUGUAUGGUUCAGAAAAGAAGUAAUGAUACAAUCAGUUAUAACUGGAAAACUUUUGAUUGUGAACUUUGCAAAACUGAAUUCAAGGGAAUCAUGAACAUAAAAGGGAAACUAAUAGACUUAAUUGACAUCGAACGUCCAGAUGGCCCUUAUAUAAUCUUAGAAGGAAUUACUAACAACUUUUCAAAAUCAUUUCAUGUUUUGGGAAUGAGAGAUAGGUCAUUCUUGAAAAUUGGAAGAGGACACGAUAGUGAGGUCAGGAUUGGAGAUAUCUCUGUUUCUCGCUUACAUGCGAUAAUUAAAUAAAACUGAGUAUAAUAGCUUCUAUAUUGAAGACUGCAAAUCUAAGUUUGGUACUCUUGUUCAGGUUAAAAGACCAAUUAAGCUCACAGAAAGUCCAGAAUGAUUCCAAAUAGGGAGAACAAUUUGUGUUUUGAGAAUGCCAAGAUCAUUGACUUUUUGAAACUUAUGUUGACCUUGAUUUAGUGAAAUUUCACAAAGAUCUAAAAACGGAUUAGUGACUCUAAAUGGAGCAGACUACUUUCCAAAGGAAUACCUUGAGCCUGAAGAGAAGAAAGCCCUCAUUGAUCCAGUCCGGGAGCUUAGUGAUUAUUUGAGAAAUAUUGAAAAUCAGAGAAAUCCUUUUGAUUUCGGAGAUGAAGAGAACAGAUCAAGCAGUGAAUCUCGAAUAAUUAGCCGACAAUCUGAAUUAUAUUCUCAGAGAGACUCUCCAGAUAGUUAUCAUGGCAACAGGGAAGAAGGCAAAUCUUUAAUGCAAGAUUAUCAUGAAAGAAAUCGUCCAUUAGCUCUUUUAAGUAGAGUCCCUGGAAAUUCAAUAGAUAAUGAAGUUCACCAAGAUGAUUUGAUAGAAGAGCAAAAAGAGAACAAUGACCAUUUGCAAUUCCCAAUGAUUAUAACUGGGUCGUCUGAUGAUUCUCAAAAUAAUUCUCAUCUUCACGACUCUCCAAAAAUGGCUGGCCAUGAUGAAGAGACUGGGAAAUAAGAUUUCUAAAAAUUCUGGUGACAAGAAUGACUCUUUUCACAAAGAACCAGCUUUAUUAAAGAAGUUCGAAAGUUGAAACAAUUCAAGAAAAGAUCUAGAUUCAAGCAUUCACCAGCCUCCAAAGGAAUUGCGAAAAGAAGAGGAGAUUGGGAACACCUUUGAACCUCCAGUCUCCAUGGUCAAGAACUUUAGUAAAAGUGUGGAGGGAUUUACAAAAGCAGGAAUAUUCAGAGAGAACAAGAGACCAAAUACUCCAGAAUUUGAUAGCUGAAUGGAGAAACUUAACAUCAAUGCUCGGAAUAUUGAAAGCCAUCGACAGCUUCUUGAAGAACUAGAGGAUACUCAAAGAGACCAUGUUGUUAUUGAAGAAUCCAAGAUAAAAGACCAGAAAGAAAAUACUAAUAUUAGCAUCUGUGAGCAAAACGAGCAGCUCUUUGGUAGUUAUGAAAGUCUUGGUAAAGUAAUCUUAUAAUAAUAUAGAAGAAGAGAAUAACUUGGUUAAUCAAAAUUUUGAAAUGAAUUCACAUGCAGCUACACAUAUGCAGAAGAAUUCUCCGGUUCAAGAGGCUGAACUUACUCCUUUGGAAGAUAAGAAAGAGAAUAAUGGCUCACUGAUUGAUAGAAAACUUUCAGAGGGAGAUGUAAAAGGCUCUUUCUGAGAACUUAAUUUUCAUAAAUUUGACUCUAAAUCUAACAAAGAAGAGAGAAAGGAUGAAGAAAAGGCAAAUUCUCUGUCUCAGAUAGAAAAUGUUCAACUUCCUGGGAUAUCCUCUUCCGACUUCAAGACGCCAGAAAAGAACAAGAAAUUAGAAAAUUGUAAGGAAGAUGAGAAUUCUGAUUUGGAGGGUAUUCUUCCUUCGAUAAACAAAUGAGUCACCCUUGAAAAUAAUCAAAUUUCAGAGGAGAAGGUUCCAAACAAACUUGAGAACUCUACGAACAAAAAGAAUUCAUAUUUUAGCACUGGGAAGGAGAAAAGCCACUCAACAAAGAUGAUACGAAAACUGAAGAGUCAGAAGCUAAGAAGAAGGGUGAAAGGAAAGAAGAGUAAGUUAAAGCCUUACGCUACUUCAUUACUACCUGCUCGGAAUAACUAAUUUAACCCAUAUUUUAAUGCA